GAGCAGCGGUAGCUGUUUUAACCUCCCUUAUGGAUUCUUCUAUCUAACAUUUUGAGCUGUGCAUCUAUUUUCAGAUAGUUACCAUUAAUUGCGUGACUAUCUACCAGAUCUACAAACACCGUCGGGAAAUGUCACAUAGCGACUAGACAGUGCACUGUUGAGCGAAGUAGUCUGCCUGCCUACCUACCUUUGAAGUCUACCCCGUUGCGCACUGGCUAUAUGCUUGGUCAGUCUGCUCUUCCGUGUGCCUCUUGGUGAAUGGGACGUUGUAAAACGGCAUUAACAGACUAUUGUUGGAUAAAUGACUCAUUCAUGAAAGUCUCUUCGAGGUCUGCGGACAGAGCCAGCGGCUGAAUGGGAAAUGAAUGUGACCGGGAAACAGCUACCAGAACAGAUAGAGCGUCCAGCCAGCCUCUUGGUUCCAACUUGGACAAAAUCUGGAAUUGCCCUGCUGUAUAACAAGGAGACCAGUAAUACUUAUGAUGUCCAUCUAAAGCUGACAAAAGAGGUGUUGACCAUACAGAAGCUGGAUGUGGUUUGCACGAGAGGGGGGUGACCCACAAUUAAAUCACAGAACUGUCGUACUCCGAAGACAGGCAGCUGGAGGUCUGGGUUUAAGCAUCAAAGGCGGUGCUGAGCAUAAAGUGCCUGUGGUCAUUUCAAAGAUGUUUAAAGAUCAAGCAGCAGAUCAAACUGGGAAGCUAUUCGUCGGGGACGCUAUGUUACAGAUCAAUGGCAUUAAUGUCGAACAUUGUAGUCAUGAAGAAGUUGUUCAUCUCCUGCGGACUGCCGGGGAGGAAGUCACCAUCACUGUGCGGUACCUCAGGGAAGUUCCAUCUUUUCUAAAGCUCCCAUUGGGCUCUCCUGUACCACCCGCUGAUCAAAGUAGCAGAGUAUCUUCACCACUAUUUGACAGUGGUUUACAUUUAAAUGGGAAUUCUAGCAACACAGCUCCAUCCUCGCCUUCCUCACCCUCGGCUAAUGAACCAAAGUAUGAGAAGCGCUGGCUGGAUGCAGUGUCCCUACCCUUGUUGAUGGCCCGAGUCUCCAAAUACAAAGCCGGAACGGAUAAAUUAAGGUCGAACAGCUUUGAAGUCUGCGCCUUAGAUGGAACGAGCAUCAAUAUUCUACAAUUUUGCACUGCAGCAGAAAGUAUUGACUGGCUUCAAGCAAUAUCAACCAAUAUCAGUGAUUUGACACUGGAGAAUAUGAAAAUGAUUAACAGAUAUUGCUCUCCGGAUGAUCAGAUUGUCCACAUGGGUUGGGUGUGUGGAAACCCACAUCCUGAUGAUGCUGGUCCUUCGAGUACCUUCAAGUUCCUGGCAUUGAGAGGCCCUUGGCUCUACAUCUUCAGGAGUCCUCCUGUUAGUGCAACCGACUGGGGACAAGCUGAAACCCUCUAUAUCCUUUAUGAGGUUCUGUUCAAGGUUCACAAGCUGUGGAUGGCAGAGGACUGUUGGAUCCAGGCCAAGUUCUACCUUGGCCUCCAGCAGGAUGAGGAGCUGCAGGACGGAGACCCCUUCUGUUUCAGUAUCCUGGUCGGCCACGGCCAGAGUCACACCUUCAGUGUGGAGAUGACCUCUGACCUCGCCGUGUGGGAGAAGUCCUUCCAAAGAGCCGUCUUCAUGGAGGUGCAGAGAGUCGGGUCAAAGACCUACAUGUGCAGCAGCCAGAGUAAAGUACUGUGUUUGACCAUAGACUUUGGAUCUGGCUUCACUUGUUCUGAGAGCUCCUCGAAGAAGAUAUUAUGGAGAUACAAAUUCUCUCAACUGAAAGGCUCCUCUGAUGAUGGGAAAACAAGGGUGAAACUCCUCUUCAAGAACGCUGAAAACAAACAGAUCGAGAUGAAGGAGCUGGAGUUCUCCAAUCUGACGGCAGUCCUCCAUUGUAUUCAUGGUUUUUCUUUCCAUUGCAGGAGCUGGAGUUCUCCAAUCUGACGGCAGUCCUCCAUUGUAUUCAUUCUUUUAUCGCUUCCAAAGUGGCCUCUGUGGACCCUGUCUUUGUCAACAGUCAAAGCAUCUCUGGAAAGUACAUGAUUUAGACACUUCUUUGUGUUGUCAUGUACAGUUUAGUCACAUGAGCUAAUUGACUAUUUUAUGUACAUUCAAAUUAAAUUGAUGUAUAUCUUGUUCCUGUUAUUUUUGUAAGGCUCUUGUUAAAUAAUAAGGAAAAUAUUUUAAAAAACCAUAUUUGACUGUGGAAGUAGAGGAUAUUUAUACUUGCAUUAAUUGGUUGUUAUUGACAUUACAGUAUGAAUAUGCUCAAAAUUAUAGAUUUUUUUUUUCCAUGUAGAAAAACAUAUUCAUGGGUUGCAUGUUUCGUCACAAUAUUGUUUUGAGCGUUCAUUUUGAACUGAUUGUGCAUUUUACUCAAAGCAUUGUCAAUGAGCGCUGAUGAAGAUUUCAUCAUAAAGUGCAUUACAGUAGCUUGGAAAUUCAAAAAGGAGGCAAAUAAUUAGUAGGGAAACCUUUUGUCAUCAUUUUGACGUCACCAGAUUGGCUUUAGAUGCAGUGUAACGUUAGCUAGCUAGCUAAAAUUGAGGGAAGGCCACCAGAUUUUAGCUAGCUAACAUUACCAUUGCUAAAAAAAAAUAAUACAAACUUUGAUAGCUAAUGACAACAUUGCCAUUUGUCUACAGUACAUUUGACGACAUGAUAAUUCUGGCAAUGUUGUUUCCUACUAAAUAUUGGAUGACUUUAUCAGUCAUCUUAUUUCCAGGCACUAUCGUGUAAUUUAGACGAAACAGUAGUUAGCCUGGGCGCAUCAAUUCAAUUCAAGGGCUUUAUUGGCAUGGGAAACAUGUGUUAACAUUGCCAAAGCAAGUGAGGUAGACAACAUACAAAGUGAAUAUAUAAGGUGAAAAACAACAAAAAUGAACAGUAAA